AUGCCCAAGUUGCGCGUGCGCCACGGUCACUGCUUCUUGUUCCGUAUUCAGCUGUGCGGGGUGCCCAAAGGGUCAAACGCACACAAUAACCCAAUCCGGAACGGCCUGCCCCAACUGUACUUGCGUCCCUACCGCCACACCUCCCCCAGUUUCCUGCGCCACCCACAGUUACGCACAAUGCCCGAAUGGACGGACUCAAACCAUCACCCAAAGCGGAACCGCCUGCCCAUCAUGCACUUGCCUCCCCCCGAAACCGACCUCCUCUUGCCCGAUCUUCAGCUGCGCCCAAUGCCCGACGAGCCAAGUCCAGACGUUGACCCAGGUUGGGACCUCGUGCCCCUCUUGCGCCUGCGUACCGCCAAAGACGGCCCCUCCACCCGUCUCCUGCCCUACGCAUAG